CAGGUUGUGUAGCGGGACACAUUGAGACGCUACAGCAGACCGCGGUGAGAUAGAUCCACAGGGCGCUGCGCGGAGCAGCACGCUGGGGGAGAGUUUCUGACCCCUGCGUGUCUAUGCGGUGUGUUUUGUGUGUGUAGAAGGUUUAGAGAGUUAAACGUGGAGGAUCAGUGAAUCAGUGCGGACUGUAGUGAAGAGACAGCAUGGCGGGCAGCAGGCUGGAGAAGUUCGGGACUGUGUAUACCCGAGUUCGAGAUUUGAUGCGCUCUGGAGUGAUCAAGGAGUCACAGAAGCCGCUCUGGUUUGACGUGUACACUGCUUUCCCUCCCAAGAGAGAACCUCUAUAUGUGAAAUCAUCAAAAAGGAUUUGGCCACAAAAGAGGGACGACCAUGUACCUGAAAUCUUUUACAAAGAAGAUGAAAUACGAGCGAAAUUCUUCAAGGUGUAUGGAAUUGAAUCGAGACCAUUUGAUCUCAGUAAAACCUACUUUCUCUCAACAUGCCAGAGGUUCGUGGACAAGUACAGUGAGUUGGAGAGCAGGGGGGAUGUGAAUCCUGAGAACUUGUUUGAGGAGACGGCGAAGGCUCUUCUUGCUGCAGGAGUUUUGCUCAGAAGGGUUGGAGGCACUGGUGUGAGAGCAAAGCGAACUGGUCCUGUGUUGGAUGAGGCAGUAGAACAGAAAGACUCGACAGAAGCUUCAGAAGAGCAGGAACAGUCUGUUCCCACUGAAAGUUCAACACCAUCAUAGUGAAGUUGACUCCUUUCCUGUCCAGAUAUUGAAGAACAGCUUCAGAGCGAGCUGCAGGUACAUCCUCUGAGAAUGUUCAGUGAUAAAAUGCUCACUGAAAACAUAUAUCCAGUGCUGACUGUCUGAACAAAAGAAGUUAGAGUUUAUAUUACAUUGUUGCAUUUUUAAUGACCGUUCCAAUAAAUUAUUGUUUUGAAAAGA